AUGACGAAACAAAAAAAUAAGAUAGAGAAAGAAGAAGAUGUCAUAGAAGAAGAAGAAGAAAAUGAUGAUGAUGAUGAUGAUGAUGAUGAUGAUAAUGACAACGACAAAGAAGAAGAAGAAGAAGAAGAAGAAGAGGAGGAGGAGGAGGAUGACGAUGGCAACGAUGGCGAAGACAGAGAUAAUAUUGACAACGACAAAGAUGUCAACAAUGACGGUAAAAACAGUGAGGAAAAUGAUGACGACGAAGAAGACGAAAACAACAAGAACAAAAAUGACAACGACGAUAAAGAAGACAACGACAACGACGAUGAUGAAGAAGACAACAACAACAACAACAACAACAAUGACAAAGACGAUGAAAAAGAUGACGACAGUGACGACGAUGGAGAAGAUGACGACAGUGACAAUAAUGAAGAAGACGACGCCAGUGACGACGAUGAAGAAGACGACGCCAGUGACGAUGAAGAAGACGACAACAGUGACGACGAAGAAGACGACGACAGUGACGAUGAAGAAGACGACGACGACAGUAAUGAUGAAAAAGACGACGAUGACAAUGAUGAUGAUGACAACAACGACAUUGAAGACAAAGACGACGACAAUAACGGUGUUAAAAAUGACGACAUCGACGACGUUGAAGACAACGAUGAAGAAGAAGACGAUAUUGACGAAGAAGACAACAGCGACGAAGUUGAAGAAGACGAUAAUGCUGACGAUGACGAUGAUGAGGAAGAUGAUGACGAAGAAAAAGAAGAUGAAAAAAAUAUCGAUGAAGAAGAAAAAGACGACAACAAUGACAAUGACGAUAAUGACGAUGAUGAUAAUGAAGAAGGAGAAAUAUGUUGUGAAGGAGAAAUAUGUUGUGAAGUGGAAGAAUGUUGGGAAGAAGAAAUCUAUUGUGAAGAACAAAUAUGUUAUGAAGAAGAAGGAUGUUGGGAAGAACAAAUAUGUUACGAACAAGAAGAACCAUGUCCUAAUAUUUAUUAUUAUGGCUGAACCCAUUCCGUAGUCCUUCUACUAUUUCUUUUUAUUUCAUUUGGUUUUUGAUAAUUUUUUUUACAUUUGAAUGAUCUUUUAACUAUUUGUUUUGUACACUUAUGGCCCUUUUAGGCAUAAAACAUCAUCGUUUCAUGUAAUUCAAAUGAUGAUUUUUUUUAUAGUUUCAUCCGCAAAGGACCAUAAGUGUACAAACUAUAUAGUUAAGGGACUAAUUAAAUUUAAAAAGUUUGCAAAGGAUCAAGUUAAAUAAAAGCUAAUAGUGUAGGAAAUGGAUGAUGAGUUUAGCUUAUC